CAGUUAGCCAAGGUGGAGGAUGGGAAAAGAAUGGAGCUGUCCCAGCUACUCAAUGAGAUCAGGGCAAACUAUGAAAAGCUCCUCACCAGAAAUCAGAUAGAGACCGUGCUCUCAACAAGGAUCCAGCUGGAAGAAGAUAUAAGCAAAAAAAUGGACAAGGAUGAAGAGGCUUUAAAGGCAGCUCAGGCAGAACUCAAAGAGGCCCGACGCCAGUGGCACCACCUGCAAGUGGAAAUUGAAUCUCUCCAUGCUGUGGAAAGGGGCCUUGAAAACUCCCUCCAGGCCAGUGAGCAACAUUACCAGACUCAACUGCAAGACCUAGAGGCAGUGAUUGAAGGAUUAGAAAAGGAGCUACAGGAAGUAAGACAAGGCAUCGAAAAACAGCUUCAAGAACAUGAGAUGCUGCUCAACACGAAGAUGAGGCUAGAACAAGAAAUAGAGACUUAUCGCCGCCUCCUAGAAAAGGAGGAGAUCAGAUAUUAUGGCUGUAUCCAAGGUGCAAAAAAAGAAAGAAAAGCUACCACGAGUAGGGUUGGCUUUGUUUUACCUUCAGCCAUUAUAAAUGAAAUAUCUUUCUCAACAAAAGUUCCACAAAAGUUUGAUAAUGAAAAAGUGGAGACAGUGACCAAACAGGCGAUAUUAAAUGGAAAUAUCGUGAAGGAGAGCACGGAAGCACACGGCACUAUUCAGACAGAAAAAGUGGAUGAAGUUAUUAAAGAAUGGGAAGGUUCCUUCUUUAAAGAUAACCCUCGAUUAAGGAAAAAAUCUGUUUCUCUUCGUUUUGAUCUUCAUUUAGCUGCCACUGAUGAAGGGUGUUUACAGACUAAGCAAGAUAAUCUACCAGAUAUAGAAGUCAGGCUUAUCAUGAGAAGGUCAUGCAGUAUCCCCUCCAUUAAACAUCCAUCAGCAGCAAAUUAAUCUAAGGCAGUAUUUGAUUUGAUUUAAAAAUGACACUAGGAUGGACCAAGGUGUC